AUGACUGUAAUUAUCUUAAGUAACUUGUUGCAUGAAGCUGUUAUAGAAAUGGGGCAUUUAUCCACUGGAUUUUUAAGGUUACUCAAACUUAGACCUGGAGGUAUUAAAAGGGGUGUGGGAGGAAGUGUGAGUGGAGGGCGAAGACAGAGAUCAGCGUUCGCCAUUUGUGUUGCUGCAGCAUGCUACCAACUUCAAAAUAUCUUCUUUAACUUUGGAAAUGGACUUCAUUUAGAGACCUUAAAUACAAGAAAUGAAAAUAAGCUGCUUCCUAAACACACACACUUAGUGCGGCAAAAGCGGGCCUGGAUCACCGCUCCAGUGGCUCUUCGGGAAGGAGAGAAUCUAUCCAAGAAGAAUCCAAUUGCCAAGAUACAUUCUGAUCUGGCAGAAGAAAGAGGAAUGAAAAUUACAUACAAAUACACUGGAAAAGGAAUUACAGAGCCACCUUUUGGAGUGUUUACAUUUAAUAAAGACACUGGAGAACUGAAUGUCACCACAAUUCUUGAUCGAGAAGAAACACCUGCUUUUCUGCUAGUGGGUUACGCUUUAGAUGAAUAUGGAAACAACAUGGAAAAACCAUUAGAACUACGAAUUAAAGUCCUUGACAUCAAUGACAACGAUCCAGUGUUCACACAGGAUGUCUUUGUUGGGAGUGUCGAAGAGUUGAGCGCAGCACAUACUCUUGUGAUGAAAAUCACUGCAACAGAUGCAGAUGAACCCAAUACUAUGAAUUCUAAAAUUUCCUAUAGGAUUGUAUCUCAGGAGCCUUAUGAUCCUUCAGUGUUCUAUCUAAAUAAAGACACAGGAGAGAUUUAUACAACAACUUUUAAAUUGGACAGAGAGGAACACAGUAGUUAUUCUUUAACUGUAGAAGCAAGAGAUGGUAAUGGACAAAUAACAGAUAAACCAGUAAAACAAGCUCAAGUUCAGAUUCGUAUUUUGGAUGUCAACGACAAUAUACCUAUAGUGGAAAGUGAAAUGUAUGAAGCAUCUGUUCAAGAAAAUCAAGUAAAUGUAGAAGUUAUGCGCAUCAAAGUGUCUGAUGCAGAUGAAGUAGGCUCUGACAAUUGGCUCGCAAAUUUUACGUUUGCAUCAGGAAAUGAAGGAGGUUAUUUCCAUAUUGAAACAGAUGCUUUAACUAAUGAAGGAAUUGUGACGCUUAUUAAGGAAAUAGAUUAUGAAGAAAUGAAGAAUCUUGAUUUCAGUAUUAUUGUCACUAAUAAAGCAGCAUUCCACAAAUCAGUUAAGAAUAAAUACAAGCCUACAUCCAUUCCUAUCAAAGUCAAGGUGACAAACGUGCAAGAAGGCAUUCAUUUUAAAAGCAACACAGUCACGUUUUCUGCUAGCGAGAGCACAGAUAGAUCAAGCGUAGGCAGAAUCUUUGGAAAAUUUCAAGCUUUUGAUGAAGAUACUGGAAAAGCGGCCCGUGUAAGAUAUGAAAUAGUGGAUGAUAAAGAAAACUGGAUCUCUGUAGAUCGUUUUACGUCUGAAAUUAAACUUGUAAAAAUUCCUGACUUUGAAUCCAAAUAUGUCAUAAAUGGAACAUAUAUUACAAAAAUGGUGGCUAUAGCAGAAGGCCACCCUAGUAAAACCAUCACUGGUACCAUCGUUGUCAAGAUUGAAGACGUCAAUGAUAAUUGUCCCAAACUGGUGAACCCAGUGCAGACUGUCUGUGAUGACGUGCCUUAUGUGAAUGUUACUGCCAAGGACCUGGAUGGACAACACAAUAGUGUGCCUUUUAGUUUCUCUGUCAUUAACAAACCACCUGGAGUGGCAGAAAAAUGGAAAAUAAUACAACAAGACAGUACCAGUAUUCUGCUACAACCAAGUCAACGGAAGCUUGAGCCAAGUGAAAUCGAAUUCCUGAUUAAAGACGUGCAAGGUUUAAGUUGCCAGGAAAGGCAGAUCCUUAAACUCAGAGUCUGUACGUGUCUGGAUGGCAGUGGCUGUGUGGAAGCACUACGGGACUCCUAUGUGGGCCUGGGGCCCUCAGCAGUUGCACUCAUAAUUUUGGCUCUUCUGCUCUUGCUACUUGUGCCCCUCUUAUUGCUGAUGUGCCAUCAUGGAGAGGGAGCCAAAGGCUUUGCCCCCAUCUCUGCUACUAUAGAAAUGCUGCAUCCUUGGAACAAUGAAGGAGCCCCCCCUGAGGACAAGGUCAUUCCAGAGCUUCUGGCAGCAGAUCAAGGGGAAAAUCUAGCAGUGGGAAAUGGAAUCGGGGCUUCAUUAACCAAGGAAUCCUCUGUGAAAGGAUUUAGUUCUGCCUUCUUUACCAAAGGGGUACACGAGAUGUCUGAGAUGGAUGGAAGAUGGGAAGACCACAGAAGUCUUUCUGGUGGGGCAACUCAGGUCACAAGGACAACAGGAGCUGCCAUAGGCUCUCAGACCAUAAGGACCACAGGAACGACGGGGCUUACCAGAGACAUAGCCGGAGCCCGAACUAAUGCCACUGUGGUCAACGAGCAGUACUUAAGAAAUUAUUUCACAGAAAAAGUGACCGCUUACAUGGAAGAAGAUGAUGUUUACACAGCCAAAGAUUGCCUUCUGGUUUAUUCUCAGGAAGAAACUGAAUCUCUACAUGGUUCCAUUGGCUGCUGCAGUUUUAUUGAAGGAGAGAUAGAUGAUCUCUUCUUAGAUGAUUUGGGAACUAAAUUCAAGACACUUGCUGAAGUUUGCAUGGGUCAUAAAAUAGAGAUGGGUAUGGAAGUUGAGCCGAGGCAAAAACCUGUCACAGAAACAAGUAUGAGCACAGUUUCACGUUCACACUCUGAGCAAACUAGGGUUCAUUCAGAAAAUACCUACUCCAUUGGCAAUACCUUUCAAGUCUCAAAACCUUCGCAUGAAGCACCUGCAGAGAAAGUAACUCAGGAAUUAGUCACAGAAAGAUCCAUGUCUUCUCUGAAGGGUCAAAAGGUAGUUACACCUCUUCCUGAUCCAUUGUUCCCUAGUAAUAUUGUAGUGACAGAAACAUCCUAUGCCACAGGCUCCACCAGCCAACCAAACACUGCAAUCCUGGGUUCUAGACAACCACAGGGCCUUAUUGUGACAGAGCGGGUGUACGCUCCAACAUCUACUUUGGUAGAUCAGCAUUACGCCAAUGAAAGUAAUGUUGUGGUCACUGAACGAGUAAUAAAUCCUAAUGAGGGCAUACUGAAUGCUCUUGAAGUCCCUCCGCAUCUGCCAGAUGCACAUUAUGUCAUGGUGAGGGAAAGAGAGAGGGUUCUGGCCCCUAGCUCAGACAUGCAGCCCCCGUUGGCCAUGCCCAGGGUUAAAAUGGGACAGAAUGUGACAGUAACAGAAAGAGUGCUGACACCUGCUUCCACUCUGCAGUCUAAUUACCAGCUUCCUGCUGAAAGCUCCACAGUCACUAGAAAGCCCAUGGUUUCUGGAGCUAGUGUCACUGACCCUGUGCCAAAUUUGACUUCUAAUACUACCAUAGCCACAUCUUCCACCAGACUCACCAAGCAUAGCACUGUACAACAUUCUUACACCUAA